AUGGGUUGCUUCGGGUCACCGGGCGCCAAGAGCGGCGAGGAUGACGCCAAGUCACAGAAGCGACGUAGUGACGCCAUCACCCGCCAACUUCAGAAAGAUAAGCAGCUAUACCGCGCAACCCAUCGUCUACUACUACUAGGAGCAGGCGAGUCGGGAAAGUCGACUAUCGUUAAACAAAUGCGCAUUCUCCAUGUCAACGGCUUCUCUGACAAGGAGAGACGUGAGAAAAUCGAAGACAUCAAGAAGAACAUUCGAGAUGCCAUACUUACUAUUACUGGGGCGAUGAGUACCCUAACUCCGCCCAUUCCGUUGGAGAAGCCGGAAAAUAAGGCUCGCGUAGAUUAUAUACAGGACGUAGCCUCUCAACCGGACUUCGACUACCCGCCCGAGUUCUACGAGCACACGGAGGAGCUUUGGAAGGAUCAAGGUGUCCAGCGCACCUACGAGCGGAGCAACGAGUACCAGCUCAUCGACUGUGCCAAGUACUUCCUAGACCAAGUACACAUCAUCAAGCGGCCGGACUAUACGCCCUCGGAGCAGGACAUCCUGCGCUGCCGAGUGCUCACUUCCGGUAUAUUCGAGACGCAGUUCGUCGUCGACAAAGUUAAUUUUCACAUGUUCGACGUGGGUGGUCAGAGGGAUGAGCGUCGCAAGUGGAUCCAAUGUUUUAAUGACGUGACAGCCAUAAUCUUCGUGACGGCGUGUUCCUCAUACAACAUGGUGCUCCGUGAAGACCCUACGCAGAACCGCCUAAGAGAGUCCCUCGACCUCUUCAAGAGCAUAUGGAAUAACCGGUGGCUCCGGACGAUAUCCGUGAUCCUGUUCCUCAACAAGCAGGACUUGCUCGCUGAGAAAGUACUGGCAGGCAAGUCUCGGCUCGAGGACUACUUCGCGGAAUUUUCGCGCUACCAGACCCCGCCCGACGCCUGCCCCGACGCGCGCGACCACCCCGAGGUGUCGCGCGCCAAGUACUUCAUACGCGACGAGUUCCUCCGCAUCAGCACGGCGAGCGGCGACGGCAAGCACUACUGCUACCCGCACUUCACGUGCGCCGUGGACACGGAGAACAUCAAGCGCGUGUUCAACGACUGCCGCGACAUCAUACAGCGCAUGCACCUGCGCCAGUACGAGCUGCUCUAACGGGCCCCCGAAGACAAAAGAGAAGACCGAUGCGCGCCGACACUGGCUUGACAGUCGGCGACACAGUAGUACCACCGCUACGCGACUACCACGCGACAAGAACUACAAAGACCCACUGUACUACAAGUACCAUCAAAGAACUAAAACACCGCCAGUACUACGCUU